CUGGAAUAUUUUGCACCUCCCUCGUAUGCUGUUUUAAUGUUUCAUUUAUUGAACAUAAAAGUAAGUAUUGUGAUGCAUGUAGUAUUUGCAUAUAACUUAGUCAUACAUACAUCAUAGAUGACAUUUCAAUAAGAUUAUCAGAUAGACUCAUCCACAAGGAUAUCAAUAAGUGCCAAGAUGUUCCCGAGAUACUCUUGGUUAAUUCUGGCCCUUGGUAUUCUAGGGAUACGAGGAAUUCUAGGGAUUCCAGGAACUCUAGGAAAUCAAGUAAUUCCAGGGAUUCCAGCUGACGGUUUGAAUAUAACGAAUAUAACGAAACCACACUAUAGUGAUUACCACGAAUGCAGGCCUGUGGAUGAAGAUGAAGAUGGACUAUGUGUAGAAGAGUGUACAAUGAAGAAUGAGACAGCAAAAAUAGAAGAUUCAUGCACUAAUGAUACAAUGUGUUGCUUCAAUGGAUGUGGGCAUACAUGUGAGACUGGUAUCCCAUUGGACAAGCUAUCAAGCCUAUCAGGUGACAACCAACCUAAACUGUGUUCCCAGCCAAAGAAAACAGGCAAAUGCAAGCAAGUUAAAGGGAUCCGUUUCUACUAUGAUAUGCAGGAUAACACUUGCAAAGAGUUCAAAUACAGAUGCAGUGGCAAUGAUAACAGAUUUGACACAAAAAUGAAAUGUGAAAAGACAUGCAUGGUGUCAGACAUCUGCACUUUGUCAAAGCAGAAAGGACAGAAAAGUUGUAAAUCCAAGAAGGUUACAAGAUUUUACUAUGACUCCAAGACAAAGAUGUGCAUAGAAUUUCCAUAUAGUGGUUGCGGAGGUGGAAAUGCUAACAACUUUGAAGACAAGGAAACAUGCAUGAAUUCCUGUGAUACAUGUAAGCUGCCAAAACGUGUUGGCCCAUGUGAAGCCAAGAUUUCUCGUUACUUCUACAAUCCAGAAACAAAAAUGUGUGAGAUGUUUUACUAUGGAGGAUGUGACGGAAACAGAAAUAACUUUGAGACAAAGAUGGAGUGUGAAAACAGAUGUGCCCCUACAUGUGAAUGGUACUGCAACAAUUGUAAGCAGAGAAAGAGUACGAAAUUGCUAUCAAAAUGCUCAGAAUGCAAGCAAUACCGCAGCAUGGAUGCAAAAGUGUGUGAUGCUUGCCUACAUAAAGAUGGCACAGUAUUUGACUGCUUCAACUGCAAGAACAAUAAAAACUCUUAAGCAGAAAUGGCACUAUCUAGUUAUUUUGUAUUGUAUAAAGUAAUAGAGCUAAUAAAGUACCUGUAUUGUUUGCGAAAAA